AUGAGUGACGAUGAAAAUGAGCGCACAACGAGAAACAAUGCUAGCGUGUCAGAGAGUAUAGGUAAUGAUUCUAAUAGUGAAUCACGCGUAACUAAAUCGUUAACUCAGGAGGAUAAGCAGACCAUCGAGUCAGCUAACGAAAUUUUGAAUUCAUUAGAACAUAUUCAUAGAACAGAUUUGACACUACAUCUCUAUUCUUCAUUCUUAUUGAAGAAAUUACUUUAUAAAGCUAAUGAAAAGAAACAUUUCUACGCCGUAAAUAAUUUUAUUAAGACACAAAUUAAAGAUAGUUGGGUGAGUUGGCCAAAUCCAAAUACAAUUAUAGACCCCCAGACUGACAAAAUAUACGAAGAUAUGGAACUUAUGAAUAAUAAGUCAUCCACACAAGAAACAAUUAACAUUUCUCCUAAUGAAGUUUCCGCUAAUGCCUUACGUCAUGCAACAAAUAUGUUAAAUGCUGAAUUUUCAGGUCAAUGGCAACAUUUACUUUCACAAUCAUCAAAAUUAUCAGGGUUGCAAUUGGAUGUUGAUAAAACAGAAAUACCUAAUGAUUUAUCUCGUUCAGUUUUCGAUAAGUUGGAUCACUUUUUCUUAGGUUUACAUCAUAAAGUUGCUAAACAAAAUAAGAUAACAGUAUCCAGGAGUAAACAAAUCACACCUGAAAUUGAUGAAAGUCAAACCGUAAUCCAGAUACAAAAUAAGAGCACUCAUGCUAAUAAAUACAUUAAGUUGACGUAUCACGAUAUAAUUGAACGUGGCUGUCAGAUGGGAGAAAACAUGGAAGAAAUAUAUAUGAAGUCAUUAGAACUCUUCAAUGAUGUUCCUAAUACAUUUAAAAAACAUGAAUUCAAGUUACCUAAAAAGGUAUUAAAAACGUAUAAAUAUAAUAAGGAAACAGGGAAAAAAUCCUUACCAAAAUUUCUUUAUCCAAACGCAAAAGAUGAUUAUUUCUCUUUAGAGACACUUGUUUCAAAUAAUGCAAUCUCAUGGAAAGAUAGAGAAUACUUACGAGAUAUAAAUAGGAAAGAGAUGGAGAUGGGUCUCAAUAAAAAAAACUUUUUUCAGGUGAGGGGUUACAAGGCUGCAGAUGAAAGGCUCAUAGACAAUAUAGAUUCCAAUAAUUAUGUGCUCCCUAAUUUCCCAAAGAAUAAAAAAUCAUUGGUGAAUAAAACUAUAGAACCAAAUGUAGAUGAUCUUGAUGCUUAUGAUUUAGAGGAUUACACAGUGGAUCUCAAUAAACUGCCAUAA